GUUUGUAGAAGCCGUCUGCAUGCCUAGGGGCUUGAUUGUAUACACCUGUGUCCAUGGAGGGGAUUGGAACACCUGAAUCACAUGAUUGGGAGGGGAUUGGAGCACCUGAAUCACAUGAUUGGGAAGGGAAUGGAACACCUGAAUCACAUGAUAUGGAGGGGAUUGGAACACCUGAAUCACAUGAUUGGGAGGGGAUUGGAACACCUGAAUCACAUGAUUGGGAGGGGAUUGGAACACCUGAAUCACAUGAUUGGAGGGGAAUGGAACACCUGAAUCAUAUGAUAUGGAGGGGAUUGGAACACCUGAAUCACAUGAUUUGGAGGGCGGGGCCAACACUUUUGGCAAUAUAGUGUGUGUGUAUGUAUAUAUAUAUAUACACACACACACACAUAUAUAUAAAAACACCUGAUGGUUGGAUUGUGGUUGCCGUGGAGAUGACAGAGGAUUUGAUACAUUGAAACA